AUCGACAAGUUUGUGAUUUAAUUUAUGAUUUUCUCUAUGAAUCUCUCACAAUGUGAUUAGUCUUGUAAUUAGCUCAAUUAAGACAACAUGUAUCUUCGUUAUAUUAUACUGGCUACAGCAACUUUGGCCAACUGUCUUGAAUAUGCUCUACGUGAUAAUAUGAGUAUAGCCAUUGUGGCCAUGGUUAACAAUAAUUUAACCUCGAAAGCUGUUGUUAAACCUGAUGAAUUAAACAAUAAAUUUGACUGGUCACCUACAACGCAAGGUUUGAUUCUUGGAGCCUUCUAUUAUGGAUACAUUAUUGCUCACAUGAUCGGAGGUCAAUUUUGUGCAUGGCUUGGACCAAGAUUUUUAGUUUCUCUGUCCAUAUUUUUCUCGAGUCUAUUUACACUACUUAUUCCAUCGGCAGCUUAUCACAGUCCAACCACGGUGGCUGUAGCCCGGUCUCUACUCGGAGUUGUUCAGGGUUUCCUUACACCAUCUUUAUACGCAUUGUUUUCCCAAUGGAUACCUAAACGAGAACGAAGCUUUGCUCUGGCCAUGCUGGUUGUCGGUGGUAAUUGUGGCUCACUGUUUACCAUGUUAAUAUCAGGAUAUUUGGCAGAAAGUUCAUUCGCUGGAGGCUGGCCAUCAGUAUUUUAUGUCCUUGGUUCCGCUGGUUUAGUUGUUCUGUUAAUUUGGAUUUAUGUUGUUCGUAAUGAUCCAGAUUCUCAUCCAACAAUCAGCGAGUCAGAAAGAAAGUUAAUCACCGAAAGUCUUGCCGAGGAGAAUAAAAAUGUCAAUUUAGUUAAUGGAAAUCAUAAAAUACCAUGGACAGCCAUUUUACUUUCACCCGCUGUUUGGGCUGUUGGUAUAGCUAAAUUUGCUGGUAAAUGGGGUUACAUUACCUGGGAAACUGAGCUUCCAACUUAUUUAGCUCAAGCAUUGGGUCUCAACUUGAAACAGAACAGCGCAAUCAAUGCUUUACGUUACAUGUCAAUGAGCAUUUCCCUUCUCGUUACUGGAUUCAUUUCGGAUGCAAUUGAACGCAGAAAUUUGAUCUCACGAACAACUUCACGGAAAAUAUUUGAAGCAAUUGCAUUAAUAGGACCAGCAGUUAUGACAAGUAUCAUUCCUUUCAUUACCAACAACACUGCAGGAAUUAUAACAGCAUUAGUUGUUUCAAUGACACUUUGGGGAUUCUGUGCUGGUGGAGAUAAUCCCAUGGUUGUUGAUAUUUCUCCUAUAAAUUCUGGAGCAAUUUAUGGUUUUACAGCUGGAUUAUCAAGUUUUCCUGGACCUUUGGCACCAUAUUUUGUUGGUUAUGUCUUGGAACUAGGCGGUGGAAAUCCAGAAGUAUGGAAUUAUGUCUUUUGGAGUUGCAGUUUGUUUUAUAUCAUUGGAGCUAUUUUCUUUACUAUUUUUGGAACCUCUAAAGAACAAGAUUUUGAAAAUUUUAAUAUGCCAACCAUAUUUGGUGGUAAACCAGAAGGAAAAGUGAUUAAUGUUGACUGUGAAAAGAGCAAACAGUCGGGCGAUGAGAAAAUAAGAAUUUAAAAUAAUUCGAACUGGAUUAACCACGAGCUGAUUGGACUUCAUCUUCAUGUUGAAUUUGAUUAAACCAAGAGUUGGCCAAGAUAAUAGAUGAACUAUCCAUUUUCAUUGUACAUUUCAAUUUCAUCCAUAGUUUGACCUUUUUUGGUUAUAAGGACGCUUCUUGGUCAAUUUUAAGAUUCAUCAUGCAAUUUCAUUAUUUUUUAUAUAAAAAUGAGCCAUCAAGAUCUAAUUUUCACCUAUUUAUCUACCGUGAUCAACUUUAGCUCAACUCGAAAAGCCUUCAAAUUACGUUUUUGGAUUACCUGUUGAUAAAUUGCAUCUCAUUUUUAUAUUUUUGGACAAAAUCAUUUCUUGAUUGCUCUUCGAUAAAUUUAUAUCAACUAUUUACCUGAUUAUAUGGAUGAAUCAAAAUCUCUUUUUACUGCUCAGUCAACAGGUGUACCAAUCCAACAGAACCAGAUACAACACAAUGCAAUACUUAUGAGAUUAAAGCUGUAUAUUGGUGACAAGCGUUCCUGAUUGAACAAAUGAACUUGAAGGUCUUUUGAUUAAUAUUCAAAUAAUUAGGACAAGGAUUAUGUUUCGUGAAAAGGACAAAAUACAAUUAUCUGCAGAAAUAGUUCAGAAUGCAUUAGAAUUAAAAGCAUCUGAUUAUGCUGAUUCCAACAGGCUAAAAUACAGAAAUAAAACACCAAUAAAGCUCAUACCUUUCCCUAGAUCCUGUUAUACAUUGAAUUACAAUCAAAUUUAUAUACAUAUUUUAAAUUGUAUCACUUUCUGAAUAUUUUAUACUUCAACAAAAACUCAAAACAAAAUCUAUGAUCAAUUAUUAAAACAAUUGUUGCCGAAAAAAGCA